UCCCUCUCUCUCUCUCUGCCUUUCUCUCUCUCUCUUUCUCUCUCUCUCGCGCGCGCUUUUAACUGCACCGCCGAGGAUCUUGGCUCUGGCCGGGGCUCUAGCACAUAAACACACAGACACACAGUAGAGCCGCGAGAGAACACACACAUGUUCAGCUAGCCGCGCUCUGUCUUUUCCCUUCUCUCCCACUUUGCCCGAGAAUGGUCCGGCCGGUGCCUGGGGCUCUGCUGUCGUGGCCUGCUGUUCGCCUCUGAUCACUGUAUCACGCAAGCGUACGCUGGAAAUUACACUCCGAGUCUGGUUGGAGGAAAGCACGAUGUGAGAGGUGGGUACUGAAGGUAGUGCCCUCUCUUGCUGCAGCUUGGACCUGCUUAUAGUGCCAGUCCCUGCUUUUUGCCAUCUUGCUACCCAAGCCAGGCCAGGACUUCGCAUUCAACCCUAAGAUCCUGCAACCCUUGCGAGUUUUGCGGACCCUAAACUUUACAAUACGCCAAGACGUGCCAAGCGGAGUGAGAAUUACUCGGAGUCUGAAUAUUUUCCCACUCUAAGGAAGAAAAAAUCAGCCCUGAAGCUAUCUUGGCGAAGAGUAUUUGUUUUCAUUUCUGCCUGGGAAUCUUUGGCGUAUCCGCGUCUUGCCGCCGAACCCCUACGCGCUCUGUCACUCCGUUGAGGAGUACACUCUACCUUGAUUGUUAAACUGAGACCGGCAAAGAGAGACAUCCACAAAAGGACGUCCGGCAGAUCUUCUGACCUCGAAGACACACGUACAGGUCCGUGCUUGCCAUGGCGAUGAACAUGAGCAUGGCACAUAUCCGCGACCCGAAAUGGCUGACGCUGGAGGUGUGCCGCGAGUUCCAGAGGGGCACGUGCUCACGCACGGACGGCGAGUGCAAGUUCGCCCAUCCGGCCAAGAGCUGCCAGGUGGAGAACGGAAGAGUAAUCGCCUGCUUCGACUCGCUCAAGGGCCGCUGUUCCAGAGAGAACUGCAAGUACCUGCACCCGCCUCCCCACCUGAAGACGCAGUUGGAGAUAAACGGGCGUAAUAACCUGAUCCAGCAGAAGAACAUGGCCAUGCUCGCCCAGCAGAUACAGCUUGCCAAUGCUAUUAUGCCUGGCAGCCAGCUUCAGCCAAUGCCUUUAUUCUCAGUCGCACCGAACCUAGCCACAAACGCCAGCGCGGCAGCAGCCGCAGCAGCAGCAGCUUCGUUUAACCCGUACCUGAGUCCCGUGUCACCAGCGCUGGUGUCCACUGCUGCCGAGAUCCUGCCCAGUGGACCAGUCCUGAUCGGAGGAAAUCCUGCAGCUGUGGCCCCUGUGACCUCAAACGCCAGCUCGGCUGCCCAGAAGAUGCUGCGCACUGACCGCCUAGAGGUGUGUCGGGAGUACCAGCGCGGUAACUGCUCCCGCGGCGAGACGGACUGCAGGUUCGCCCACCCGGCCGACAGCACCAUGAUUGACUCCAGCGAGAACACCGUCACUGUGUGUAUGGACUACAUCAAGGGCCGCUGCUCCAGAGACAAGUGCAAAUACUUCCACCCUCCUGCACAUCUGCAGGCCAAGAUCAAAGCAGCACAACACCAGGUGAACCAGGCCACUGCCAACGCAGCCAUGACGGCUGUCAAAUCACUGAAGCGACCCCUCGAGGCCACCUUUGACCUGCAGGGCCUCCCUCAUAGCAUAAUGCCUCCUUUGUCAAAGAGACCAGCCCUUGAAAAAACCAACGGUGCCACCGCCAUGUUCAACGCCAGCAUGCUGCAGUACCAGCAGGCGUUGGCUAACAUGCAGUUUCAGCAGCAUGCUGCGUUUAUUCCUUCAGGCUCAAUAUUGUGCAUGACUCCUGCAGCCAGUGUGGUACCCAUGAUGCACGGCGCUUCACCGGCCACAGCAACCACGUCCGCCACUAGUGUUCCCUUCGCAACUGCAGCAGCCAAUCAGGACUCUUCUCUAUCAAAGCUGGCUACCAACGAAUACAUGCAAUUGAUUCCAAUAAUAUCUGCAGAGCAUCUGACUAGCCACAAGUAUUUGACUCAGAUGUAGUCGGAGGGCAGACCUGUGGAAUGAAUGUGCUGAUCUCCAACCCGGGGAAACAUAAUAAUGCCAACACAUAUUUACACACAAGUCUUAAGAAGAGUCAGUUUAUUCCAGUCCGAUUUGCCCUCGUGGUAUCACUAGUUCACCAGUAUAAUAUUUAAUGGACUAGUUCAUGACAUCUAUAUGCAGAAAUAUGGAGUGCCCUUUGAAGCGAUGUGUAGAAUUUGGAGGAAUAGAUACAUAGUACAUACAACAGGCUUAGCCAACUUAUACACACCUAAAACCGUCUGGUGGUGUCAUGUUCACUAUACAUAUGAAGUGUGGUUACACCACUUUUGAUGUUUGCCUUGAUACCAACAGACAUUAUAUAGAAGAAUUAAUAGAUUAAUUAUUAUUUUAUAUUUCAAAUUUAUGUCAUUAAUAAUACAUUAUAUAUGGUAAACUGAGCUGAUUUCCCAUACACAGAUCAUAUCUAAUCUAAUCCAAAAGUUAGACCCGGACUAUAACCAGCACAUCAAGUAUUACAGCAUAGUUAUACAAUAUUAGCUAUAAUAACCAAUCAAAAUAAGGAUUUUGUGAGUUAAGUAGUAUGAAACCACUCUAAAAAGCACGUUUAGGUGUGAUGGGAACAUACAGAAGCGAAACACAAGUCACCUUCUAGUCUUAAUAUAUUAAUGUAUGUUUAUUGUAGGGGUGUAACGAUACAAACCAUGAUAUAUAUUCCAAUAUUUCCAAUAUUAACAUGGAAAGUAGCACCUUUAAUGUUUUUACCAGUCCAAACUGGUAUUUUAAAUAUAGAUCUUCAUUUAAAUCAGUGGUCCCCAACCACUGGGCCACACAGAAAGAAUAAAUCAUUAGAAAUCGCUACAAGAGCAAUCAAAUUUCCAAAACCCUUCGGGUGUUAUUAUCUCCGAUCACCACUAGGUGGGAGCAGCGUCUCAUUGCAUCGAAAAAAGCUCAAGAUUCACACUUAUUUUCCAUUCUAUAGUUCUUCUAUUUUAAAUCCUCCCACCCCCGCUGGUCCGUGAAAUUAUAUGAAACCGGUCUGUGGUGCACCGCUGAUUUAAAUAACCUGAAAUAUGUACACAGAAAUAGAAAGCUACGUCAAAAUUAAAAGCACAAUACGUUUAGUGCAUAAACGUUCCACAGUUGUUUUGCCUUUUAAUUAAAUUAACAAUUUCAGUACAGCCAAUAAGUUUUCCCGGUUUUUGUUUUAUAGCUUUAUGUUAUUUAUGUCACCAUGAUAGUUUUUUAAAAAAUUAGCUGCUCAGGUGGCGCAGCUGUAAAAUACGGUAGCACACCAGAGCUGGGAUUUCGAAUGCAUCGUAUCGAAUCUCAGCUCUGUCAUCCGGUUGGGCUGGGCGGCUAUAUGAACAACGUUUGGCUGUUGUUCAUCCAGGGAAGGGAAAUGCCGGAUAGGGGUUCCUCAUAACUGAUGCAAUUACGACCCCUGCUGGCUGAUUGAUGGUGUCUGCAGAGACAGAGUAGAGGAAUAUUGCAGGGUGUGGCUCUGCCUGCACAAAGCUGAUCUGGAGCCUAUCCCAGCUUUUCAAUGGGCGCAAGGCACACAGUAACACCCUGGACGGGGCGCCAGUCCAUUGCAAUUCAGUGUCUCCAAUUAUAACCUGACUGCAUGUUUCUGGACUGUGGGAAGAAACCGGAGCUCCCGGAGGAAACCCACGCAGACACGAGGAGAACAUCUACCGCCCGCCUGGGGAUCAAACCCAGGACCUUCUUGCUGUGAGGAGACAGUGCUACCCACCGAGCUACCGUGCCGCCCUGGUAGCAAACUAGUAAGCAUAUUUGGAUGUGUAUGUGCACUGGUAUAUACAUUUCGGGGGUAUAUAGGUACUGCCAGCACACUGUUACCACUUCACCAGCCAUUUUUACUAUUACGUUUGUUGGAAUAAUAUACCGAGAGCCAUUAGUGUUCUCAAAUAGGAUAUUCCACCAGCACUGGUUUGUCCAAACUGGUUUUAGCCCAAAAUCCCGUUUAAAAUUGCAUCCAUUUUUAAAUACGACAAUGUAAACCAUUCCAAUCCAAGCCAGUAUGUUUACAUCUACACUGUGUUUCAUAUUGCUUAGAUAUUGCAAUAAGAACGCAGUUUAAUGUAUCGUUACACCCCCAGAUUAUAUCUACAUUGGUUGAACACCCCAGCUUAAGAGAAUUGUAACACACCAUAUUUAUUGCCUACAUGUCAAUGCCUGUUGAUCUACCUUAAACUAGAAAUAACCAACGUUGGUUUAAUAAGUAGUCAUAAGCACUUCUAGUAUUUCUGAGCGUCGUUAUUUUCUAACAUUUAAUUCUAAUAAAGGGUAGCUGAUUCGUUUUUUGGUUUGCAAAAAUGUGAAGGUGCACCUUGAACGAAUAGAUUUUACAUGGCACAAUGCAUCCGAUGUAAAUCCUUUGCUGCAUUUAAAGUUGAGACCUCUAGUUAAGAUAGCAUAUAGAGGAACGUUCAGGAUAAGCGAAGACUAUUGAAUGUUUUGCGAUAAAACCAGAAUCCUUUACAAAGCACAUUUUAGCAAGCUUCGCGAGACAAGACGGGCUUAUUCAUGGAAAGUGUUAUAUCGGCAGUGUUAUUCUGUU